AUGGCGUCCCCGCGGGAGCUGACGCAGAACCCCCUCAAGAAGAUCUGGAUGCCCUACAGCAACGGGCGGCCGGCCCUGCACGCCUGCCAGCGCCGCGUGUGCAUGACCAACUGCCCCACGCUCAUCGUCAUGGUGGGGCUGCCCGCCCGCGGCAAGACCUACAUCUCCAAGAAGCUGACCCGCUACCUCAACUGGAUCGGCGUGCCCACGCGGGAGUUCAACGUGGGCCAGUACCGCCGGGAGAUGGCCAAGACGUACAGGUCCUUCGAGUUCUUCCUCCCCGACAACGAGGAGGGCCUGCGGAUCCGAAAGCAGUGUGCCCUGGCCGCGCUCCGUGACGUCCGGCAGUUCCUCAGCGAGGAGGGCGGACACGUGGCGGUUUUCGAUGCCACAAACACCACGCGAGAACGCAGGGCGACCAUCUUUAAUUUCGGGGAGCAGAAUGGCUACAAGACCUUCUUCGUCGAGUCCAUCUGUGUGGACCCCGAGGUCAUCGCCGCCAACAUCGUGCAAGUGAAGCUGGGCAGCCCGGACUACGUGGGCCGCGACGGCGAGGAGGCAGCCGAGGACUUCCUGCGGCGCAUCGCCUGCUACGAGAGCUCCUACGAGCCGCUGGACGAGGAGCUGGACAGGGACCUGUCCUACAUCAAGAUCAUGGACGUGGGCCAGAGCUACGUGGUGAACCGCGUGGCCGACCACAUCCAGAGCCGCAUCGUGUACUACCUCAUGAACAUCCACGUGACGCCCCGCUGCAUCUACCUCUGCCGGCACGGCGAGAGCGAGUUCAACCUCAAGGGGCGCAUCGGGGGGGACCCUGGGCUGUCCCCCCGCGGCCGGGAGUUUGCCAGGAGCCUGGCCCAGUUCAUCCGCGACCAGAACAUCAAGGACCUGAAGGUGUGGACCAGCCAGAUGCGCCGCACCAUCCAGACUGCCGAGGCCCUGGGCGUGCCCUACGAGCAGUGGAAGGUGCUCAACGAGAUCGACGCGGGCGUCUGCGAGGAGAUGACCUACGAGGAGAUCCAGGGCCACUACCCCCUGGAGUUUGCCCUGCGGGACCAGGACAAGUACCGGUACCGCUACCCCAAGGGGGAGUCCUACGAGGACCUGGUGCAGCGCCUGGAGCCGGUGAUCAUGGAGCUGGAGCGGCAGGAGAACGUGCUGGUCAUCGGGCACCAGGCGGUGAUGCGCUGCCUCCUGGCCUACUUCCUGGACAAGGCGGCAGAGCAGCUGCCCUACCUCAAGUGCCCGCUGCACACGGUGCUGAAGCUGACGCCCGUGGCCUACGGCUGUAAGGUGGAGUCCAUCUUCCUGAACGUGGGGGCAGUGAACACGCACCGAGAGAGGCCGCAGAACGUGGACAUCGCGAGGCCCCCAGAGGAGGCGCUGGUCACGGUCCCCGCUCACCAGUGA